AGGUGCCAUGCGGCAGUCUCCACCUCCAUUACAUGCUCUGUACUCAAGAAUGGUAUAACGUGUAGAGUCCAAAGGCCUCAGCAAAUCAAUUAUCUUGAGCAUUAAACAAAGGUGGCAUCUUCACCCAAAGAAGAAAACAAUGAAUAUGUGAAAAACUCACAUUGAAGGCCAAGUUCACACUCCCCACGCUUACAAAACUCCAUAUUUUUGAUGUGAUUUGCUACCAAGUUUUCAUUCUUUAUUUCCUCUCAUCAUUGCUCCUCAGAAUCAACGAUAACCUGCCAAAAUCAUUCAUACCCAUUUCUUAUCCUUGAUCUUGAGCCUUUCUGUAGUUAAGUUUUCAUUCGUCAUGGCUUCUCCUAGCAAGCGCAGAGACAUGGAUGUCAUGAAGCUCAUGAUGACAGAUUAUAAAGUGGAGAUGAUAAACGAUGGAAUCAAUGAAUUCUAUGUCGUAUUCAAUGGACCUCCAGACAGCCCUUACCAUGGGGGUGUUUGGAAAGUUCGUGUAGAGGUACCGGAGGCGUACCCAUACAAAUCUCCAUCAAUAGGUUUUGUGAAUAGGAUCUUUCAUCCUAAUGUUGAUGAAAUGUCUGGGACAAUUUGCUUGGAUGUGAUAAAUCAGACUUGGAGUCCCAUGUUUGAUCUUGUAAAUAUUUUUGAAGUCUUUCUUCCUCAGCUAUUGCUCUAUCCAAAUCCAACUUCUCCGUUAAAUGGAGAGGCUGCAGCUUUAAUGAUGCGUAACAAGGAUCUCUAUGAUCAGAAAGUGAAGGAAUACUGUGAACGAUACGCCAAGGCUGAGGAUGUGGGUAAUCAGCAGCAAGAAGAAAGCAGUGACAGUGAAGCUAGUGAAGAUUAUGCAUCCAGUGAUGAUGAAAUGGCUGGUCAUGCAGAUCCAUGAUAUGAAUCUUGCUGCUAAGUAAUUACAGGUCAAUGAUGCAUUUGUAUGGAAAACAGCCACUAAACAUGGCUUGGGAGAUCCAAAUACAUGCUAGCUUGCUUUCAUGGGUUCUGCUAGCGUGUGUCUUACUGUCAUUUGGUCUGAAAAAAUUGAUUUUAUCACUACUGUAAAUCUCUGUAUAUAAGUGCAUGGCUCUAAGGAGCAUGUUUAUUUCAUGUCCAUAUUGGACUAAUUGUACAUACAGAUUGUAAAGCAUUGUAUGAUCUUUUGCAAUACUUUUAAACCAUUAUUGAACUAUUGUUCAGACA